AUGCAUCCAGAGCAUGUAGGCCAGUCUGCCCCCAGCACUGACACAGUUUGUGAUCCCAAGUGGGGGUCUGAGAGAGUCUUAGAUAGAGUUUCCCCCGUUCCCCCCGUGCCUCCAGUGUUAUUAAUAAACACAAAGUGUGCCUCUGUUUUCCUAGAGACAGACACAGCGCAGAGCUGUCCUUAAAGUUAAACGCAAACUGUCUUUACAGCUGUCUGGACUGUCAACUCCAAACAAAAAGGCCAUGGACAAUCAAACAUCAGCAGAGAAUGAGAAAGAUGUGGUAUCUGAGGACUCACACAUUAGAUUUGUUGAUAUCACAGACAGCAUCCAUACUGACGUUGAAACAGAGUCAAAUAUUCCCCCAGAUGAGUGUACACCACAUCCCAUAACACAAAUGGACCAGGCAGUCAUGGACAGCUUGGGACAGCUUUUCGACCAGUGCAUCCAGCAAGUGUCCCACCUGGAGAUGCAGAGGAAUGAGCUGAUACAAGAGCUCCUCCGUCUGCAGGAACCCAUGCUGCGAGUUGUGGAGCACCUGAGAGGGAGGCUGAUGGAGACGAAGAGGCUGCUCAUGCUGGCUCAGAUGGAUUAUAUCGCCGUUUACGAGGAAGUGCAACAGGUGAAGAGGAAACUGUUUACCACUGCCAAAGACUGCAUCCAGAGCCAGGUGACGCUGGCUGCACAGCAGUACGAGGUGGCUGAGUCCGCAGUUACGCAGGAGGAGCUCAAGGCCCACAUCCAAAGUCUCACCCAGGAGUUGUCCCAGCUCCAGGAGGCCUACCAGAACCAAGUAAACUCCCUGAGGGACCGGGCCAACAAACCCUGCAGGCCCAGGGCCAUGAGUGAUGUCAGUCAAUGCCGCCAGGCUUCUGUCAGACUGCAGCGGCGGCUCAGUGGCAGCAUGAGGGCACUGGAGAGUUGGUACGAGCCUCGACUCACGGCCCUCCUGAGAAGAAAGCAGAUUGGGGAGGACGCCCUGAGAAAGAGCAGGGAGCAGGCCAUAGACCUGAGGGCCAGCAUUGGGCCCCUGAGAGAGGACAUACAGAGACUGGAGGUGCAGAGAGCCUGUCUGGUGGAGAGGAUCGCUCUGAUGGAGAGGGAGAGGGAGGAGAGCGUUGCACAAUACAAGGAGACUGUGGAGUCACUAAAAGAGACUCUGAGGGAACUACAAGUGGAGUUUGAGGUUCAAAGAAAAUCUAAGAAAGACUUGGAGAAUCAUAAGGAUGGCCUUGUAAAAGAGCUGACAUUUCUGAGGUAG